CCUUAAGCGUGAUUACCUUCGCUUAAUGACAGUGACUUAAUCUCAUAAACAAAUCCCUUUCCUUCCAAUGCCCGCCAUUUCACACUCCCUCCCCACGUCACUCGAACCGGAAUCUUCAACGAACUCUGCAAGUUUGGUAAUGUGAAAAAUGCCGGAGCAGAGACCCGGUUUCCGGGUCCGCGACCCGAGCCCCGACUCCGUAAUCCUCGCCUUAGAGUCCAACUUCAGCCUCUUCUCCUCCGCCUCCGCCAGCGUCGACCGCUGCUCCUUCGACCGCGACGACUCCACCGCCUCCGAGAUCUCUCCGCAGAACUCGGCCGCACACGAACGCCGCCACGAGGAAAGCUCGAGUGGUCCAGAUCGCGAUCCGGAUCCGAACAGAAUCCACGCUUUUCAGCACACUCGCCGUCUCUUUGCAAAAGGAGAAAAAGCCAAAGUUCAAAAGAAGGACUCGGACUCGGAUUUAGUCCUCGAUUCCGCAAGAAGCUCCUUCUCUCUCGCCCUCAAAGAAUGCCAGGACCGGCGGUCCAGAUCUGAAGCUCUAUCGAAGAAGCUAGACCGGCCGAGACCCGCCUCGUUGGAUUUGAACAACAAUGCAUCAGUGUCCUCGCCGAGAUUAGGCGCGAUAAAGAAGGGUUCAAUGGCGUCUCGGAAAUCGGCGAACUUCCCGAGUCCAGGCACACCGAGUUACCGGCACACGAGUCUCGGUGUUCAAAAGGGUUGGAGCUCGGAGCGGGUCCCGUCGCAUGCCAGUGUGGGUCGGAAGAAUACGGCGGCUGCGAUGCUGCCGUUUAAUAACGGAAGGACAUUGCCGUCGAAGUGGGAAGAUGCCGAGAGGUGGAUUUUGAGUCCGGUUCAAGGGGAUGGUUUGGUGAGGCCGUCGAAUCAGCAGACUCAGAGGCGGCCCAAGUCAAAGAGCGGUCCGCUUGGGGCGCCUGGGGUUGCGUAUUACUCGUUGUACUCGCCGGCCAUGCCGAUGUUUGAUGGGACCAAUGUGAGUAAUUUCAUGGCUGCUUCUCCGUUUUCAGCUGGUGUUAUAUCAGCUGAUGGGUUGGGGUUCCAAUCCGGUGCCCAAAAUGGCGGCUUUACAACGCGGGCAGAGGCCUGCAUUGCCCGUUCGGUUAGUGUUCAUGGUUGCUCUGAGGUGCUGGAGCAGCAAUCUUCACUGCCUGACUCUCAAGAUGAAAAGUUUGAUGGCCGUGAUGGGGUCAAGGAUGCGGCUACGAAUGUAUCUCGUGCCGUUUCAAGAAGGGAUAUGGCAACCCAGAUGAGCCCAGAUAGCGCUCACUCAUCUCCCAGGGCACGGGCUUCUUUCUCUGCCUCCACUUCCUCUGGUCUGCCUAUUAUGGAAGUACAGAGUGUGGCUUCUUCAAAGUCGGAAGUCAGGGAUGUGCAGGUAGAUGAACGGGUCACUGUGACAAGGUGGUCCAAGAAGCAUAAAUCCCGAAGACCUGGGAAGGGCUCUCAUUUUGGUGAUAGUUGGAAAAAGAAAGAUGCAGACGUUCGAUCUGCUGCUUGGGAUCUCUCUGACACAUCGAAGAGCAUUUCAAAGUAUGUUUGUCACCCA